CAGCAGCAGCAGCAGCAGCAGCAGCAGCAGCAGGGGGAGGAGCUGCUGCAGCGGCGGCUGCUGGAGUGCUACACGGAGAUCUGCAUGCACUUCAAGCCCGUGCUGUCUCUGUUCUUUCUGGAAGCAGCAGCAAGUCCCGGAGACUGGUUUAUGAAAAGGAGACAGUUUGUUGUGUCUGCUGCUGCUGCUUCGGUGGCGGGGUUUGCUGCAGGGCUGGGGGACCGGCACCUGGGCAAUUUGCUGCUGCAGCAGCAAACGGGGCAGCUGGUGCACAUCGACUUCGGGAUCCUUUUCGAGCUGGGAUCGCUUUUGCCGAUCCCGGAGACGAUCCCCUUUCGUCUUUCCAGAGACAUUGCAGAUGCUCUUGGCUGCUUCGGAGUCCAGGGCCCCUUCAAGUCUUUUUGCUGCUGCGCUUUGCUGCUGCUGCGCUGCAGCAGCCCCCUCGUCGACGCCGUGCUGCAGGUGCUGCUGCUGGACCCCCUCUACUCCUGGAGGCACCCCAGCAAGCUGCUGCUGCAGCAGCAGCAGCAGCAGCAGCACCUCUACCACCAGCAGAUGCUCAACCACCAGCUCCUCAACGCAGACACUGAGGGGCUCUCCACAGUGGAAGGCAACAAAAUCGCCAUGAGGGCAAUUCUCAAGGUGCGCUGCAAGCUGCAGGGUUUGGAGACUGAGGGCGAAGCGCCCUUGUCAGUUGCUGCUCAAGUUGACCGCCUUCUCAACGCAGCACAAAGUCCCCACAACCUCUCCAGACUCUUCGCCGGCUGGAUGCCCUUCGCCUAG